AUGUUACAUGCUGUGGACACGACCAAAUAUAAGCACUUGAAACCGAACAACGAUAAAUUUAUCAGGAACGCUGUUUUGAGCUUCUUGAUCGCAGGAAGAGCCACAAUAAGCUCAGCUCUCACUUGGUUCUUCCGGCUUCUCUCCAAACAUUCUGAAGCAACGACCAAGAUCCGACAAGAGAUUAACAAGAAGAUGCCAAAGUUUGAUCUCGUGGAUCUAGACGGUGCCGUGUGUGAGACGAUAAGGCUAUACCCAUCAGUCUCAUUUAACCACAAGUCACCGGCAAAGCCUGACGUGCUUCCAAGUGGGCAUAAAGUCGACGAGAGUUGGAAGAUAGUAAUCUCUAUUUAG